ACCUCUGGGCUCCGGGUCUGUGGGCGAAGAUGGCGGCGGCCAGGUGCUGGAGGCUUCUGUCCCGCGGUCGGGCUCGGCCACUCCACACCGCUGCCGAGGCCGCCGCCACGGCUCUGGAAACGAGCGGCCCGGAUGUCGCGGCGCGGUACCCGCCGAUCGUGGCCUCCCUCACAGCCGACAGCAAGGCGGCCCGGCAGCGGCGGGUGGCGCGCUGGCAUGCGAAAGCCCACGCGGCCGAGUCGGUGGACGAGAAGCUGCGAAUCCUCACCAAGAUGCAGUUCAUGAAGUACGUGCUUUACCCGCAGACCUUCUCCCUGAACGCCGACCGCUGGUACCAGGGCUUCACCAAGACCGUGUUCCUGUCGGGGCUGCCGCCGCUGCCCGCGGAGCCCGCGCCGCCGCUGGACCUGGCGGCCUUGCGCGCCGCGGCCUGCGACUGCCUCCUGCAGGAGCACUUCUACCUGCGGCGCCGGCGGCGCGCCCCGCUCUCCCAGGUGCGCGAGGCCGUCGCCUCGCCCUUCCUGGACCAGCUGGUGGCCGCUCUCAUGGGCCUGCUCAGCCCGCACAACCCGACGCUGGCCUCCGCCGCCCUCGAUUGUAAACGCCCAGUUAACUUUUACUGGUUGCGUGAUGAAGAAAUUAUUUCCAAAGGGCAUCGAAAAGGUAGAGUUGAUGCAUUGCGAUACCAAAUAAAUGAUAAACCACACAACCAGAUUCGAAUAUCUAAGCAGCUCCCAGAGUUUGUGCCAUUGGAUUAUUCUGUUCCUGUAGAAAUCCCAGUUAUAAAAUGUAAACCUGACAAACUUCCCUUAUUCAAACGACAAUAUGAAAACAGCAUAUUUAUUGGCUCAAAAACAGCAGAUCCAUGCUGUUAUGGCCACACACAGUUUCAUCUGUUACCUGAUAAGUUGAACAGGGAAAGGCUUUUGAAACUGAACCGUGCUGAUCAGAUAGAAGUUGUUUUUAGAGCUAAUGCUAUAGCAAGCCUUUUUGCUUGGACUGGAGCACAAGCUAUGUAUCAAGGAUUCUGGAGUGAAGCAGAUGUUACUCGACCUUUUGUCUCCCAGGGGGUGAUCACAGAUGGAAAAUACUUUUCCUUUUUCUGCUACCAGUUAAAUACUUUGGCACUGACUGCACAAGCUGAUCAAAAUAACCCUCGUAAAAAUAUAUGUUGGGGGAUACAAAGUAAGCCUCUUUAUGAAACAAUUGAGGACAAAGAUGUGAAAGGUUUUAAUGAUGAUGUUCUCCUUCAGAUAGUUCACUUUCUACUUAAUAGACCAACAGAAGACAAAUCAUAGUGGUUGGAAAACUAAGAAAAAACACUUGACUUUGGACUUUGGAAAUAUUUAAUUCCACUAGAGGAACAAUAAAAGGAAUUUUAAUGAUGA